CUGCAAACUCGCAUCAAUGGGAUCCCCUCGUGGGAAAUGCCCCCUCCCGGAAGACGUGCACUCGGGCGGCCCGGCACGUGUCCCCGCGCUCCUGGUCCGGGAUGGGUGGGCGCCAUAAGGUCCCUGCGGCCCUCGGGUCUGCGCGGAUCUCACUCCGUGCCGGGGUCGAGCUGGCACCACCCGCCACCACCGAGGGGCGGAGGAGCUGCCGCGCGGGGCGGGCGCGGCGCGCGGGGAGGGGAAGGGGUUCUCGCGCGAUUGGGCGAGGUUUCCGGUGUUGUGACUGAAACCCGUCAAUAUGGCGGCGAUCGGCCGCGGCCGCUCUCUGAAAAACCUCCGAAUACGAGGGCGGAAUGACAGCGGCGAGGAGAACGUCCCGCUGGAUCUGACCCGAGAACCUUCUGAUAACUUAAGGGAGAUUCUCCAGAAUGUGGCCAAAUUGCAAGGAGUAUCAAAUAUGAGAAAGCUAGGCCAUCUGAAUAACUUUACUAAGCUUCUCUGUGAUAUUGGACACAGUGAAGAAAAAUUGGGUUUUAACUAUGAGGAUAUCAUAAUUUGUUUGCGAUUAGCUUUAUUAAAUGAAGCAAAAGAAGUGCGAGCAGCAGGGCUACGAGCGCUUCGAUAUCUCAUUCAAGACUCCAGUAUUCUGCAGAAGGUGCUAAAAUUGAAAGUGGACUAUUUAAUAGCUAGGUGCAUUGACAUACAGCAGAGCAACGAGGUAGAGAGGACACAAGCACUUCGAUUAGUCAGAAAGAUGAUUACUGUGAAUGCUUCCUUGUUUCCUAGUUCUGUGGCUAACUCAUUAAUUGCAGUUGGAAAUGAUGGACUUCAAGAGAGAGACAGAAUGGUUCGAGCAUGCAUUGCCAUUAUCUGUGAAUUAGCACUUCAGAAUCCAGAGGUGGUGGCCCUUCGAGGUGGACUAAACACCAUCUUGAAAAAUGUGAUCGAUUGCCAAUUAAGUCGGAUAAACGAGGCCCUCAUUACUACAAUUUUGCACCUCCUUAAUCAUCCAAAGACUCGACAGUAUGUUCGAGCUGAUGUAGAAUUAGAGCGAAUUUUAGCACCCUAUACUGAUUUUCACUACAGACAUAGUCCAGAUACAGCUGAAGGACAGCUCAAAGAAGACAGAGAAGCACGGUUUCUAGCCAGUAAAAUGGGAAUCAUAGCAACAUUCCGGUCAUGGGCAGGAAUUAUUAAUUUAUGUAAACCUGGAAACUCUGGGAUCCAGUCCUUAAUUGGAGUACUUUGCAUACCAAAUAUGGAAAUAAGGCGAGGUCUCCUUGAAGUGCUUUAUGAUAUAUUUCGUCUUCCUCUACCUAUUGUGACUGAGGAGUUCAUAGAAGCAUUGCUCAGUGUAGAUCCAGGGAGGUUCCAAGACAGUUGGAGGCUUUCAGAUGGCUUUGUAGCAGCUGAGGCAAAAACUAUUCUUCCUCAUAGAGCCAGAUCCAGGCCAGAUCUCAUGGAUAAUUAUUUGGCACUGAUACUCUCUGCAUUUAUUCGUAAUGGACUUUUAGAGGGUUUGGUUGAAGUGAUAACAAACAGUGAUGAUCAUAUCUCAGUCAGAGCAACCAUCCUUUUAGGAGAGCUUUUACAUAUGGCAAACACAAUUCUUCCUCAUUCACAUAGCCAUCAUUUGCACUGUUUGCCAACGCUAAUGAAUAUGGCUGCGUCCUUUGAUAUCCCCAAGGAAAAGAGACUGCGAGCCAGUGCAGCCUUGAACUGUUUGAAACGCUUCCAUGAAAUGAAAAAACGAGGACCUAAGCCUUAUAGCCUUCAUUUAGAUCACAUUAUUCAGAAAGCUAUUGCAACACAUCAGAAACGGGAUCAGUAUCUCCGAGUUCAGAAAGAUAUAUUUGUUCUUAAGGAUACAGAGGAAGCUCUUUUAAUGAACCUUAGAGAUAGCCAAGUCCUUCAACAUAAAGAGAAUCUUGAAUGGAAUUGGAAUCUUAUAGGGACCAUACUUAAGUGGCCAAAUGUAAAUCUAAGAAACUAUAAAGAUGAACAGUUGCACAGGUUUGUACGUAGACUACUUUAUUUUUACAAGCCCAGCAGUAAAUUAUAUGCCAACCUGGAUUUGGAUUUUGCCAAGUCCAAACAGCUCACAGUUGUGGGUUGCCACUUUACAGAAUUUCUUCUUGAGUCCGAAGAGGAUGGACAAGGAUACUUAGAAGAUCUAGUAAAGGAUAUUGUUCAGUGGCUCAAUGCCUCAUCUGGAAUGAAACCUGAAAGAAGUCUUCAAAAUAAUGGUUUAUUGACUACCCUUAGUCAACACUACUUUUUAUUUAUUGGAACACUUUCUUGCCACCCUCAUGGAGUCAAAAUGCUGGAAAAAUGCAGUGUAUUUCAGUGUCUCCUUAAUCUUUGCUCAUUGAAAAACCAAGAUCACUUGCUGAAACUGACUGUUUCUAGCUUGGACUAUAGCAGAGAUGGAUUGGCUAGAGUCAUCCUUUCUAAAAUCCUAACAGCAGCUACUGAUGCCUGCAGGCUGUAUGCAACAAAACAUUUAAGGGUAUUAUUGAGAGCUAAUGUUGAAUUCUUCAAUAAUUGGGGUAUUGAGUUACUAGUGACCCAGUUACAUGAUAAAAACAAAACAAUUUCAUCUGAAGCUCUUGAUAUUCUCGAUGAAGCAUGUGAAGACAAGGCUAAUCUGCAUGCUCUUAUUCAGAUGAAGCCAGCUUUAUCCCAUCUUGGGGACAAAGGUUUGCUUCUCCUCCUGAGAUUUCUGUCCAUUCCAAAAGGAUUUUCUUAUCUAAAUGAAAGGGGUUAUGUAGCAAAACAAUUGGAAAAGUGGCACAAGGAAUAUAAUUCAAAAUAUGUUGACUUGAUUGAGGAACAACUCAAUGAAGCACUUACUACUUAUCGGAAGCCUAUUGAUGGUGAUAACUAUGUUCGUCGGAGUAACCAAAGAUUACAGCGUCCUCAUGUCUACCUGCCUGUACACCUUUAUGGACAACUGGUACAUCACAAAACAGGCUGUCAUUUGUUGGAAAUACAGAAUAUUAUUACAGAACUCUGUCACAACGUUCGUACACCAGAUUUGGAUAAAUGGGAAGAAAUUAAAAAACUGAAAGCAUCUCUUUGGGCCUUGGGAAACAUUGGCUCAUCAAAUUGGGGUAUCAAUUUGCUGCAGGAAGAAAAUGUGAUUCCAGAUAUACUAAAACUUGCAAAACAGUGUGAGGUUCUUUCCAUCAGAGGGACCUGUGUAUAUGUACUUGGGCUCAUAGCUAAAACCAAACAAGGCUGUGAUAUUCUAAAGUGUCACAACUGGGAUGCUGUGAGACAUAGUCGCAAACAUCUGUGGCCAGUGGUUCCAGAUGAUGUGGAACAACUUUGUAAUGAGCUCUCAUCUAUUCCAAGCACCCUAAGUUUGAACUCAGAAUCAACCAGCUCUAGACAUAAUAGUGAAAGUGAAUCUGCACCAUCGAGUAUGUUCAUUAUGGAGGAUGACCGGUUUGGCAGCAGCUCUACUAGUACAUUUUUCCUUGACAUCAGUGAAGAUGCAGAGCCAGCAUUUUAUGACCGAUCUGGACCCAUAAAGGAUAAAAAUUCAUUUCCUUUCUUUGCUUCCAGUAAACUUGUGAAGAAUCGUAUCUUAAAUUCACUCACUUUGCCUAAUAAAAAACAUCGUAGUAGCAGUGAUCCAAAAGGAGGAAAACUGUCAUCUGAAAAUAAGACAAGCAACAGGCGAAUCAGAACACUUACGGAGCCCAGUGUCGACUUUAAUCAUAGUGAUGAUUUCACACCCAUAUCCACAGUACAGAAAACAUUACAAUUAGAAACUUCAUUUGUUGGGAAUAAGCACAUUGAAGACAAUGGUAGUACUCCAAGUAUUGGAGAGAAUGACUUAAAAUUUACCAAGAGUUUUGGUACAGAGAAUCACAGAGAAAACACAAGCCGAGAGAGGUUAGUUGUAGAAAGUUCAACAAGCUCACAUAUGAAGAUACGUAGCCAAAGUUUUAAUACAGACACUACAACAAGUGGCAUAAGUUCAAUGAGCUCAAGUCCUUCACGAGAGACAGUAGGGGCAGAUGCUACAACUAUGGACACAGACUGUGGAAGUAUGAGUACUGUGGUAAGUACCAAAACUAUUAAGACAAUCCACUAUUUGACGCCACAGUCUAACCAUCUGUCUCUCUCCAAAUCAAACUCAGUGUCCCUGGUGCCUCCGGGUUCUUCUCAUACACUUCCUAGAAGAGCACAGUCCCUUAAAGCACCCUCUUUUGCUACAAUUAAAAGUCUAGCAGAUUGUAACUUUAGUUACACAAGUUCUAGAGAUGCCUUUGGCUAUGCUACACUGAAAAGAUUACAGCAACAAAGAAUGCAUCCAUCCUUGUCUCACUCUGAAGCUUUGGCAUCUCCAGCAAAAGAUGUACUGUUUACUGAUACCAUCACCAUGAAGGCCAACAGUUUUGAGUCCAGAUUAACACCAAGCAGGAUCGAUUUUAAAAAGAAGCAUGUCGGGGGAAUCAGGAGCUUAAGACCUACAAUAACAAACAACCUUUUCAGGUUCAUGAAAGCUUUAAGUUAUGCAUCAUUAGAUAAAGAAGAUUUAUUAAGCCCUAUUAAUCAAAAUACCCUGCAGCGAUCCUCCUCAGUGAGGUCCAUGGUGUCCAGUGCUACAUAUGGUGGCUCAGAUGAUUACAUUGGUCUUGCUCUUCCAGUAGAUAUCAAUGAUAUAUUCCAGGUAAAGGAUAUUCCCUAUUUUCAGACAAAGAACAUACCGCCACAUGAUGAUCGAAGUACAAGAGUGUUUGCCCAUGAUGCAGGAGGUCUUCCAUCUGGAACUGGAGGUCUUGUAAAAAACUCUUUUCACUUGCUACGACAGCAGAUGAGUCUUACGGAAAUAAUGAAUUCAAUCCAUUCAGAUGCUUCUCUGUUUUUAGAAAGUACAGAAGACACUGGACUACAAGAGCAUACAGAUGAUAAUUGCCUUUAUUGUGUCUGUAUCGAAAUUCUAGGUUUCCAGCCCAGUAACCAACUAAGUGCAAUAUGUAGUCAUUCAGACCUUCAAGACAUUCCAUAUUCUGACUGGUGUGAGCAGACUAUCCAUAAUCCCUUAGAAGUGGUCCCCUCUAAGUUUUCAGGGAUUUCUGGAUGCAGUGAUGGAGUGUCUCAAGAAGGCUCAGCUAGCAGUACCAAAAGCACAGAAUUGUUACUAGGUGUUAAAACAAUUCCAGAUGAUACACCAAUGUGCCGUAUACUCCUUCGCAAAGAAGUUCUAAGAUUAGUCAUUAAUUUGAGUAGUUCAGUUUCAACUAAAUGUCAUGAAACUGGGCUUUUAACAAUUAAAGAGAAGUAUCCUCAGACAUUUGACGACAUAUGCCUUUACUCUGAAGUUUCACAUUUGCUAUCACAUUGCACAUUUAGACUUCCAUGUCGGAGGUUCAUACAAGAAUUAUUUCAAGAUGUACAGUUUUUACAGAUGCAUGAAGAAGCAGAGGCUGUGUUGGCAAUACCACCAAAGCAACCUAUAGUUGAUACAUCUGCUGAAUCCUGACCUCAUAUUUAUGAUGUAUAUAGAUAUAUACUAUAUAUAUUCAUAUUUGUGGAUUUCCUAAGAGCCUCAAAAAAUACUGACUGGGCAGCAAAGACAGGAGUAUCUUCUGUACACUGUCCCAGCAAUUACUGGUACAUGAACAGUUGGAACUGCUGACUUCCCUUACCAAAACAACUUCCUUCUCUCCCCUGUUGAGCCUUUGGAGGGGCUCAUAAUUCAUUACCACAGUUUUAAGAGUUUUAGUUACCAUUGUAUGCAAGAGCCAAGCACUGAAUACCUACAUAGGUUUUCUAUUUUUUCAUUUUAAGAGAAUAAUGACAGUGGAACAAUAAUAAGAUAUGCAGAAGCACUCUACAAACAGUUAUUUCUGGAUUUUUUUUUUUUUUUUAGGGUAAUAUAAAGAUGCCUUGUUUGUUAACUAAUUUGUGGAAACCAGGAAUCAGUGUCUCUAAGGCUGCAUCCUGUUACCACAAUGGGAUGUGCUGUAACUGCUGGUAUUAGAGGGGGAAUUUUGGCCCUUCCACAUUUUUCUUAAUGUUUGUAACACUACUUCAGAGGUUUGUAACCUCAAAGUGAAAGAAGAGCCUCAACAACCCGGGACGUAUAACUUAUUUUUAUGUUACUAGAUUUGCAUAAAGGUUCUUAUUUGUUUUCCAUCUCUUCAGUUUUGUUGCAAUGUGUUGUUACAGGCUAUUUGAACCAGUUAAGGUUUUUCACUACAGUUCCUGAUUAAAAUCAGAAAAUAAUUUUACAUUUCAAUUGAAAAUAUUUCCCACUUAUAGAAUGCAUAUAUUUUCAGUGGAUUUCUGUUUUCAUCAACUUUUCAUAUCAUCAUCAUUUUAAAUGGGAACUUGAACAAGCACUAUUAAUUUAGAAGUAAAGCAAAGGAAAGCAUUAAAUAACACUUUGGAUCUCCUGAGGAAAAGAUAAGUUUGCCUACAAUUUACACAUUCCCUGGGAAAGGAAGAGCCAUAUUUUCUUUUCAAAAAAACAAGUCAUUAAUGAAACUUGUUUAAGAUUAAAAGUUGUAGUGAAAAGCCUUAAGUACCAAAUUUUAAAGCAGCAGUAAUUUAAUUUUUAUAUCAGUGUUCCUGUUUUGCACAAACUAAAUGCAGUGAUAGGUGAGUUUAUGAGUACAGUAGUUGCCUUUAUCAUACUUGUGAAGUAAAGCUGAUGAGGGCGAAGUUUUGUUUGUUUGUUUAAUUUGUAUAUGUCUAAAGAUAUUUGGAAAUCUUUACAGGAAUUAAACAUAUAUGCAAAUUUGUAUAUAAAAAUAGCAUGGCCAUCAUCCUUAGAAUGCUUGUAAAUGAAAGGAUUAUCUUUUUUGAGAUCUAUAUAAAUAUAAAUAGAAAAAAUCCAGCUGGACUGAUUAGGACCCUUUUUAAAAUUCAUUUGUGUAUACCAUUUUUACAGUUACACAUCAGCUUUGACCCAGUCAUAGCACAUUGGUUAAUAUUUUCCCAUGUUGCAGAUCCUUUUUAUAAUGGGCUUGUUCUUUGAGAUCUCUGUAAAGAAUCCUGUGACCUAGAAACGUAACUCACAGAGAUAUUUUUUUUUUUUUUUAAUUUACUGGCACUGAAAGUUCCAAUCGGGAUGACGCAUUUCAUCUCACUUCAUAACACCUCUUUGCACUUCAGUGAAUUGUUCUUAUGUGCACUGUGUAGCAACUUACAUUAUAACAAAGCAGAUAAGGGCUCUAAGAUGCUGCUUGUUUUAAAAAGUGGUUCUUCAGAUUUUCUCUUAUAAAAUCCAAUUAAAGAUAAAACAAAUAAUUUUUUUAUCACUGAACCCAAGUGUUUAUUUAAACGUCAACAGUACUUCUAAGAACGUUGCCUGUCACCUUGGUCUUUGGUCUUGGAUAAUUAAACGGCCUUUCCAGAGAACCAAAUGUCAGAGAUACUAGACCAAAUAGUGGUUAAAAUCUCCAAAGGAAAUAAUGUAGUAAUCUUAUUCAUAAUGGGAUUGACAUUUUAAAUAUUCAUUUUAAACACUACCUCAGUUAAUAUGGAUAAAAUCUGUGGUUUAAUCCCUCAAAAGUUAAUAGUAAUUCUUUUUUUGUCACACACACACAAAACUGUCCUCAUAUCUGUACUGCACUUUGGUCAUCCAGACUGAAAUUAAGGCUUAGUUACUAUUAGCCUCAACAAUAUUUUUGACUGUUACUUUGAAAGACAUAUAUGUAUACAUCAUCAUAUCUGCCUAUAGCACUUACUUGGAGAGACACUCAGAGCUUUGUUAUCAGUAUACUAAGGAAAAAAAAAGUUUAUACUUAAAUUUAUAGUGCUGUUUGGUUUAUCCAUGAUUUUACUGACAGGUCUAAUAUGUUUUCUUUGAGGACUUGUUUGUAUAAAAGUAGAUUUUUAUGAUGAAAAUACGUGCAGUGCCAAGUUAUUAACUUAGGUGUUUAAAAAUAUUAAAUUAUAGCAGAAAAGGCUAGGAAUGGUGUCAGUGGUAAUAGAAAUAAUUGAGAAAAUCAUCUAUAAAUAAUAGAUAUUACCAGGCUAUAGAUUAUCAAAAUAAUGUCAAUACUGUAGUUUUUCAAGAUUUUAGAAUUAAUAUUAGUCCAUAUAAAUUUGUACUAUUGGUAAUUAGUGAAUAAUUUGGAGGAAUUUGGGCAGUUGUGCUGGUUGUAAACUGUGAAUUUCUAAUUGUAAAGUGAAUUGUUACUUCUAAUGAAUUUCUUUUCAAGAACAGAUUUCAGCUUAACAUACUAAGUAAAUACUGAUAAAUAAGGAAAUUAGAAAUUUAGUGUUCAUAAUUGAAUAUGGUCUAAAAUUUCUUAUACUUUUAUUUCCUGUUUAUGCUUAGGUAGAUUGGAGGUGGGAAAAACUCUGUUGUCCCUAAUUAAAAUUUUUCUAAUGAAGAUUAAUAGCAUAAGGACAUUAUGUAAGACAGAGUGACAUUAAAAGAGGACCUUUGGAAGUAUAUACAUUAUUAUAACAUAAUAAUGUGUAUAAUGGUGGCUUUAAUAGUUUUCAGCUCUUUUAUCUAGAGCUUGAGAUAAUUAAAGCUGUUUUUCAGAUCAUGUCACAAUGGCAAAGUGUUAAACAGUGAGAUGUCAAUGCUUAUUUAGAUUUGUCUACUCAUAUUUAUAUAAACUUUUAUUUCAUUCCAUUCAGAGGAUGCCUUUUAUUCCCCACAUUAAAGCACAGAUCAUUAAGCAAUAAAAACCAAAUUGUCUGUCAUUCAAAUUAUAACUGCAUUUUUGCAUGGUAAGAGUGAGGUGCUAAUUUUGUGUGAGAUGAACUUUGUAAACUACUUCAGGAAAUGUUCUUUGGCAGUAAGGUUUUUUCCCCCUUUAGUCCUAUGCUUCCAGUUUUGUCUCACAUUCACAAUCUAUUGAAACAUGGGAAACAAGAAAAGUAGAUUUAAUUGAGAUACUUUUAUGAGAAGAGCUAUUUGGUAUAAAUGAACAUUUCAAAUUUUCUAAAAUGUAAGUUGGGAGAGGUCUCCAUUGUCUCUGCAUUUACAAAAUACAUUGUUACCAUCUUAAUUGCAAGAGUGUCACUGCAGUGAGCAUUUCAUUAAAAAGCAUACCAGUGAAAUUAUUAGCAGUGCUUAUCAAAGAACAUUGAAAUCCGUGAGAAUCUUUUUAGGAGCAUUCUUUUUUUUCUUUUAGUUUCAGGUUCCCAGGGUAUUUUCAUUCAUAGUAGAUUUAUAUGACUCACAGAAUGUGGAAUUUUUUCCUCUUUGGAGUAUUUUUGUAAUGUAGGUGGAUAGCUACACCACAGCAUGCAUAAAUUGCACAUUUUGUUUGACUUUAUAGAAUAUUUAAUUUGAAAAAUAUAAUUUAUGCCAAAAAAAAAAAAACAUACCUUACAAUUUUGUCACUUAACUAGGUUGAGUUAGCACAAAAUGCAAAGUCUUGGGGUGGAGAGACGGAGUGAAAAAGAUUUAUAAUCAGUGUUGAAAAAUGUUCCAUUACUGACCUGUCGGAAACCCUAAACCUGCAUUGUAAAAUAAAUGGUGUAAAUUAAUUUUGAAAAGUGGUAAGGGGUUGUGAAAAAACUCAGACUUAAUACUCUCUAACCACAUGAUUUUCUUCUUUUUUACUUAGUAAUACGCUGCUACAUAUUUGGAGGUUCUGGUGUUUGUAGGUCACUGAACAGACAUUGAAAUCUGAUUUAUAUUGUAUAACUGUAACAUAGAAAGAAAAAGUAUUUAUAUAUUUUCCGUAAGAAUAUUUCAUUGAGUUGUGUAUAAUUUAAAUAAGAUUUGUCCCCAAAUGGUUUUGCUCACCUUGAUUUUUUUGUUGUGUUUUUGUUUUUGUAUAAUGUGUACAGUUUGUGUCAAGGGCAUUAAAAGCCUCCUGAAGCAUAAUCUUAUCAAAGGGAUACAUUGUUAAUAAAAUGUACUUAAAAUUCUUAAA